CACACUCAUUUGCUCUAUAUGUGAAGGUUUGUUUUGGUCUUGAAGCUCAAAAUAUCUGGACGAAAUGCUGUCAAGAAGGUGUAUUGUUGGACGUUUUGUAUGGAUGCAGCGGGACACCUCCCCAUAGUUCGGCGUAUUGUCUCUGAUAUCCAAGAGUGCAGGAGAGACCGACACAGACCAGAGUUCUUGCGUCUUGGAUUGAGGACUAUCUGCUAAAUGUACCCGACAUCUCUGUUUUAGAGCAAUAACCUAAUUUCAAACGAGGCAAAUUUGGCAAUUACAGCGUUUAAAGCAUUUUGGAUAACAUACUGUACUGCUUGUUCCAUGAAGCUGAUGGGUCGCUGAGUUGAACUACCACCAGGUGCCUCUGCCUAAUCCAUUCAAGACAGUCUGAGUGGAUAAAACCAAUUAAUCAAACAGAAUGUGUUUUACGUUUGGACUGCUGUCAGUUGCAUCUUUUGAUAUAUUUGCUCGGGACCACACAGGAUGAAAAGGGACAUCAACAUUGCUAUAAAUGAUCCCAAUUGAAAAGAAGUCUCUCUGAGCUAUAGGAGUUCUGCACGACGCAGCUUUCUGCACAAUACAUUUAUGUUUUCUGAUUAAAUCAGACGACAUUUGAUAGAUUGCUUGGCAUCGUAUUGACAGUGUGAAGUCACGCUCGAGCUGGAAUACAAGAAUAAAUGAACCUGAGUGGACUGAGACAGAAUUAAAAAGAUCCAACAUGUUUAAACGGGGCUGUGGGCUAGAGUUCCUGUUGAUACUCUGUGGGCUGGAGCUCUCCUGGUCCUGCCCACGUCACUGCAUUUGCUACAUGGCCCCCAGCACUGUCAGCUGCCAAGCCCACAACUUCCUGUCCGUCCCUGAAGGCAUUCCUCUGCACAGUGAGCGUAUCUUCCUCCAAAACAACAAGAUCCAUCGAUUGCUGCGGGGCCACUUUAGCCCUACCACAGUCACGCUGUGGAUCUACUCCAACAAUAUCACAUACAUCGAACCAUCCACCUUUCAAGGCUUCAACCUGCUGGAGGAGCUGGACCUGGGAGACAAUCGGCACCUGCAGUCACUAUCUGCAGAAACCUUCCACGGGCUAGGCCGGCUCCAUGCCCUCCAUCUAUAUCGCUGUGGCCUCAGCGUGCUGCCCAAUUACAUCUUCCAGGGUCUCCGCAACCUCCAGUAUCUCUACCUGCAGGACAAUCACUUGGAGUAUCUGCAGGAUGACCUUUUUGUGGACUUGCACAACCUGAGCCACCUGUUUCUCCAUGGGAACCGCCUGUGGAGUCUGCACCAGAACACAUUUCGAGGACUGGGGGCUUUGGACCGGCUGCUCCUGCACCACAACCAACUGCAGUGGGUGGACCGUCUGGCAUUUCACGACCUGCGGCGGCUCACCACACUCUAUUUGUUCAACAACUCGCUGCCGGAACUUGCUGGAGAGUGCCUAGCCCAGCUGCCUGCCCUGGAGUACCUCCGCCUCAAUGACAACCCUUGGGAGUGCGACUGCAAGGCUUUGUCACUGUGGGACUGGCUCAAAAAAUUUAGGGGCUCCACGUCAUCAGUGGGCUGUGUGACACCAGGAGAUCUGGCGGGCAAGGACCUAAAGCAACUAAGGAAAGAUGACUUCCCCAACUGUUCUGGAUCUGAGUCCUUGCACCAGAGUAAGACCACGACUUGGGCAGGAACAGACAAAGUCUCAUUGAAGCAGGAGCCUCAUCCUGCUGAGCCUCCACAAACACCCCCCCAUCACCCCCAUCAGAAUGAACUAUACCCCUCCCCACCUUCUGCUGUCCCUCAGCCACCUCCUGCUAUAAAUGGUGUAAAAGCAGGACCAGGAAGCUCUCCGGACUCAGUGCCUGCUCAGAGACCUGGCCACUCUCGGAACUGCACACGCCAACGGGUCAGAGACAGCAAGGAAAAAGGACCCAAUGAGGUCAACAUCUUAAAGGAGAUGGCUGAUAAGGAGUAUUCCUCCCCCGAUUUUACCGGGAAAUACGACGAAACAUCUUCUGAUGGUUCGAACACCCGAAGAAAGCCCAAAUGUACCCCACGGACCACUGUUCGUCCCCCUAGUGGGGUCCAGCAGGCGACCAACUUGGGAAACUCCCAUCAUAUGGCUCUGUUUCUCUGUAGUAUUCUGGGACUGGUUGCACUUCUAAGCACUGAGCUCAUUCUGCGCUGAACUCGAUGCUGGGCCAUCAUUGCAUCGCCAAUACACAGCAGUCCUCUGAUCAGCUCUAGCUCCAGCAUUACCAGGCCUACUAAUGUGUGUAUGUGUAUGUUUGUUUGUGUAUGUGUGAGUGAUCAUGUGUAAUACAUUAAGGAGCUUUGCCAUUUAGACUGAAAUAGAAUACUGUUUGGCGGAUGUUAUAAACUCAAAAUCUGGGUCGGAGUACGAGAAGAAUUGCAAAGCAAACUGAACAUGCUUGCACUGCCACUGUUGUUGUUCUACUUUAUUUUUUUCAUUUCCUGUUGGUCUGGUCUCCGUCUCUAAAUAGAAACCUAUUGGAAAAAAAAGAAAGCACAGAUAACCAAAUAAAUGUGCAAAAGAAUGUGUAAUAGGAGACACAAGCUGAUGAAACAUGAAUAUGAGAUGACGGAGAUUACAUUUAGAAAGCACACAUACAUAAUCACCCACUCCUCCACUAACAUUUUGAAAUACAGAACAAACAUAUGGGAGACUAUCAAACAUUGAGGAUGCUCCUAAUCCUAAGAGUUACAUUGUCCUCUGUUUAAUACAUCACAUUGUUGCCAAAUAUAUUCCAAAAAAUGUAUCAGAUCAGGAGUGUCAAUCAUCAUUUGGGCAGAUUUGCUUUCAUUACGCUGGGAAUAGUAUAUGAUGCAACAAACAAAGUGUUGUAAACAGUGCUCCUAAACUGAUGAGCCAGAACAAAAGCACAUGCAUUAUCAUUACCUCAGUCGAAAAGGCCCAGAAACCACCUUAUUUUGACCUUUUGUCAUUUAAAUAACUUCAUCCACAUAUUUUUCUACAUAUUUUCUUUGCUUUUGCCCUUAAAAGUAACUUCAGGUGAAUCAUCCUUAUUUUGGAUUGCAUUGUUUUCUAACAGCACAUGAAAAGCCAUUGGCCAAACUAGCUGCUAUAUUGUUUAUUGAAGCAAAUGAGACCCAUUUUACCUUAUCUGCUUCCGAAAAAACAAAAAAACAAAAACAGUAUGUGUGUGCGUGUGGGUGGGUGUCCAGUAUAAAAAGCUAUGAAUUUUUUUUAGUAGUGUUUGUUUCUUGUCCUCUGUGUUUGUUUUGUUUGGCUGUGACUCAGAGGACUAAGAAAUGGACUGCUUGAUGGGGGUCAUGGACUCUGGAGGGGACGCAGGUUUAAUUGAAGUGAACUCUAUUUUGAAAAGCGCCUUCAGCCUAAGCCCGCCAUUGGAAACACAGACAUCUCUCUUUCAAAGAGUUUUAACAAGACAGAGGAGAAGAAAAGAAUGAAAAAAAAAAAUACACUUAAGACUAAAAGUAUCUUUAAAAGACUUGUAAUAAUAUAAAUACACUUCAAAUUUAGCAUGGCCAAAAAAAUUUACCUUUUGGAGCCAUAGGCCUGCUUGAUUGCCUCUAUAGUGUCUGCAGUGACUACAAAUGGAAAUAAGAGGGACAAUCACGUGAAGAUUGGGGACACUGCAGAUGGGUGGACGUAUCCCAGACGCUUUGGAGUGCAGGAGAACUGUGCUUCCUGUUCAAAGACACACUUUGUAAAAAAAAAUAAGGAGAACUGUAUCAUCACAAUCUGCAAUGGAAAUAUUAAUCAGUACUAUGACACUGACAUCUUUAAUGACACUUUUGAUUACAACAGGGUUCCUAAAGCUCUGAAGAACUUAUCUUCAGAACUUAAUAUUAUUAUUUUGUAUUAUUGUUAUUAUUUGGUCAAACUUUCUGGGGGGAAUUUUUGUUAUACAUUAAUUUGGUUUAUGACUAAACUGCACAAUCCAGUCUCCUCUACUUCUCCCUAUUCUCUUCUCUCUCUUCUGUGUCUCUCCAUCCUAGUGUCUUGAUGGUUUAACGAGUCGUUCUCGUAAAACAUUUAUAAAGAUAUUAAAAUCUAUAUCUUCUUAUGUUAAACGUG